AAAAUUACGGGAGAAAUUGAAGUUAUCUGACUUGUCUUUAGCUAGCACACACAGUCACGUGAUACGUCUUGGCAGGCACAGCAGACAUCAUUCCAAGAUGGCGGUCUGUAUCGCUGUCAUCGCUAAAGAGAAUUAUCCUCUGUUCAUCCGAAGUGUACCCGUACAGAAUGAACUGAAGUUCCACUACACAGUGCAUACCUCUCUGGAUGUGGUGGAAGAGAAGAUUUCAGCAGUCGGCAAAGCUAUGGCAGACCAGAGAGAGCUUUACCUUGGGUUGCUGUACCCAACGGAGGACUACAAAGUAUAUGGCUAUGUGACAAACUCCAAGGUGAAGUUUGUCAUUGUCGUGGACUCGUCAAACACGUCUCUGCGGGACAAUGAGAUUAGAAGUAUGUUCAGAAAGCUACAUAACUCAUUUACUGAUGUGAUGUGCAACCCAUUCUAUAAUCCUGGAGACACCAUUCAGUCUAAGGCCUUUGACAGCAUUGUGUCUGCAAUGAUGGUGCAAGCUAGCUGAUAUUGUCCUCCUGAACAUCUGUACAUAAUUUCCUGAAACUCUUUACAUGUUGCCUCGUGUAUAACAGUGAAAUAAACUAUGUCCAUCAGAACCUCCAUUUCAAAGAAGCACUAUCAAGUGUAAUUCAUUUAUUCAUUUCUAAAGCAAAAGAUGUUUGACAAAUUAUAUACAGCCAUAAACAUUGCUUCAAGUACAUAGCAACAACUCAAUCGCUCAAACUGCCAAUUGCAUGUCAAUAUAGUUACAAAAGAAAGCCAAUCACACCCCAAAUGUUAUCAUUUGUUUGGUGUUUUACAACAACUAUACUUACAAGCUCGAUAGCCACACCAACAAAAUGAGUGAUCUGAUCAAAACAUCCUUAAAAAAAAAAAAGUAUCUGACAUG